AUGCAUUCUAUAAUAUUUUUCUUAGCAACUUUUGUUGUUCUAUUACAUGUUGCACUCUCCACUUCAAUUCCAAUUGAAGAAACUUUCAAUAACUGUUUAUCACUUCAUUCAAAAAUUCCAAACCAGUUUCCAUCUGCAAUCUACACCUCUACCAAUAAUUCCUACACUUCGAUCCUUGAAUCCACUGCUCAAAAUCUAAGGUACCUGUUGCCUUCGGUACCCAAACCAGUUUUCAUAUUCACUCCAUUCCAUGACACACAGGUUCAAGCAGCUGUGAUAUGUGCAAAACAGAAUGGUGUUCACAUGAGAGUGCGCAGCGGAGGGCACGAUUAUGAAGGACUUUCUUUUGUUUCUCUUAUCGAGAAACCGUUCAUGAUCUUAGAUCUGGUUAAACUGCGCGAAAUCAAUGUCGAUAUUCCUCAUAACACAGCUUGGAUUCAAGCCGGUGCAACUAUUGGUGAAGUCUAUUACAGAAUUUCGGAGAAAAGUGCAGUCCAUGGUUUCCCUGCAGGCCUUUGUACAUCCUUAGGUAUCGGCGGCCACAUUACCGGAGGGGCUUACGGUUCUAUGAUGAGAAAGUACGGCCUCGGUGUUGACAACGUCGUUGACGCUCGAAUCGUCGAUGUUAAUGGAAAAAUUCUUGACAGAAAACAAAUGGGAGAAGAACUGUUUUGGGCUAUAAGUGGAGGUGGAGGAGGAAGCUUCGGAGUUAUUCUCUGGUGGAAGAUCAAGUUGGUUCCUGUGCCACAAACUGUGACGGUUUUCACCGUAACAAAGAGCCUAGAACAAGGAGGAAACAAACUUCUCCAUAGAUGGCAACAAGUAGCACCGAAUAUCGAUGAGAAUCUCUUCAUUAGAGUCAUUAUUCAGUCGGGAAAUAGUACUGUUCCAGGUCAAAGAACAGUAACCACUUCUUACAAUGCUCUAUUUCUUGGUGAAGCUAAUAAGCUUCUCAGAGUUAUGAAACACAGUUUUCCAGAACUAGGUUUAACAAGAAAAGAUUGUUUGGAAACUAGCUGGAUCAAAUCGGUUCUUUACAUAGCUGGAUAUCCGAAUGGAACACCUCCGGAAAUUCUUCUCCAAGGAAAACCAAUAUCCAAGGAUUACUUCAAAGCAAAAUCAGAUUUUGUCAGACAAGUGAUUCCAGAAACUUCUCUCAAUUCCCUAUGGAAGAUUUUUCUUCAAGAGGAUGGGCCUUUCAUGAUUUGGAAUCCAUAUGGAGGAAUGAUGAGUAGGGUUGCAGAAUCUGCAACACCUUUCCCUCACAGAAAAGGGACACUUUACAAAAUUCAGUACUUAACAGGAUGGAUUGAUGGAGAAAAGAAUAUGGCAAAGCAUAUGAGGUGGAUGAGGAAGUUUUACACGUUUAUGACACCUUAUGCAUCAAAAUAUCCGAGGGAAAACUAUGUGAAUUAUAGAGAUUUGGAUAUAGGGAUAAACAAGAAGAAUAGUACAAGCUUUUCACUUGCUUCUUCUUGGGGUUAUAGGUAUUUUAAGGGUAACUUCAACAGGUUAGUAAAGGUGAAAACUGAAGUUGAUCCGUCUAAUUUCUUUAGGCACGAGCAGAGUAUCCCUCCAAUGCCAAUUGGUAAGUAA